UUUAAGAAUUUGACAUUUAACAUUGUGUUGCUCAUUCGGAGCUUAUAGCAAUAGAAGAUGUCAAUUAACGACACGUUAUUGAUAGAGUGUGUUCGUGCGCAUCCCGAAAUAUACGACAAGGGACAUGCCGGAUUCAAAAAUUCCGGCAUAAAAGACUCCGCAUGGAAGAUUGUUGGCGAAACAUUGAAUGCAUCAGCGACAGAUUGUACGGCCAGGUGGCAUACUCUUCGCGAGAGAUUCGCGAAAGAAAAACGUAUUUUUGAGCAGGAGGGGAAGUCUGGAGCAGCAGCCUCAACCCGUCCAGAAUGGGCCUUAUAUAGUGUUAUGUCAUUUCUGACACCGCACAUUAGGAAGAGAAAAUCUGUGGACAAUUUUCAAACAAAGGCGUUGGUAUCUAAAACUACACCUUCACCAGAUGAAGAAAUAAUAAUAAAUGAGCAAGCUGUGGACAUUAAUAGCGCACCCUUUAUAAUUUCUACCUGUUCUACCCUCUCCCCUCUCCUCGCCUGGCUGUAG